AGUCUCGUGUAGUGCGUUCAGGAACCCUUCCAUUUUACUCGAAAUGACGGGGUUUUCGGACAAGCCCAUCUUAAUUGAUGGCAAAGGUCACCUACUGGGUAGACUUUCAGCUAUUGUAGCUAAAGCUGCUUUGAAUGGAAACAGGGUCGUUGUUGUUAGGACGGAACAAAUUAAUAUUUCAGGAAACUUCUUCAGGAGUAAACUAAAGUACUUAUCGUUUUUAAGAAAAAGAUGUAAUGUUAAUCCAGCCAGAGGUCCUUUCCACUUCCGGGCACCCAGUAAAAUUUUGUAUAGAACCAUCAGGGGUAUGGUGCCACACAAAAUUGAAAGGGGAAAGGCUGCUUUAAGGCGUAUCAAGUUGUUUGAGGGAAUCCCUCCCCCAUAUGACAAAAGGAAGCGAGUAGUAGUCCCAACAGCCAUGAGAGUUUUGUGCUUAAAACCUGGUAGGGCUUAUUGCCAUCUUGGCAGGUUAUCUUCUGAAGUUGGCUGGAAGUACAAGGAUGUGGUCAGGGCCCUUGAAACCAAGAGGAAGGUCAGGGCAGUUUUUGAUAUUCGCAAGAGGAAUUCCCUCAAGAAAUUGACUAAACAAGCCAAGGAAAAGAUGUCCAAAGCGAAUGCUAAUUAUACCGCUGUAAUCAAUUCUUAUGGAUAUCGUUAAGUUUGAUGUGUGAAUAAAUUUUUACGUAUACAGG